AUGCAGCUCGGAGACGAACAGGUUAGGCGGUGCUCCCACAACCGUAGCGUGCAUUUCCCUGCUGAUGCCUUACUGAUCUCCGGUUAUCACGAAGCGCCAUCAAAUGCGUUCCAUCUGCAGCAGUCUCAUACAGUCGCGGUUAUCACGGAAGCAUACCAGCGUGCUUGUGAGCGUCAACAGGUUACACCUAAUGAAGCUGUGGAACGCCAGAUCGCGGUAAACUUCAUUUUUCCUCUGCAAUUUGUUUCAGGCCAGCGUCUUUCUCAAGCACAUAUGGAGUGCCUUGAAGAGAUUUUGAAACGGGUCCAGUUCGAUACUCUUGAUUUUGAAUACACUUUUAUUGAUGACGAUGCAGCUGUUAGCUUGGCUGAAAUGCUAGAGUUUUAUGACUCUACUGUAAAGUUAAAUUUAUCCUUCAAUAAGCAAAUAAAUAUUCGCGGAUGGCAAGCAAUUUUCCGGGCAAUAAAAUACUGUCCGUCAUUGCAAAUAUUAAAUUUACGAUAUACGUCAUUAUCAGAACGAGCUGUUCCUGUUCUUACUCGGACUUUAAGAGCACAGCCGAGUUUGACUGUUCUUCAUAUAGAAAAUGUUUCGCUAUCUGGGAAAAGUCUGCAUGUCUGUUUAGUUAACGCUUUAAAAACGAAUACAAUACUUCGAGAACUCUAUUUGGGCGAAAACAAUUUGCAGUCGACUGACGGAGUCUACCUUUACCAGUUGGUCGUUGGGAAUUCGUCAAUCCAAAUGUUGGAUUUGAGGAACAAUCAGCUGCAGGACGGGGGAGUUUCACAUAUUUUCGAUGGGCUAAGGAACCCUGAAGCCCUAGGAAACAGUGCCUUAUCAGCGUUAGUUUUAUGGAACAAUAGAUUGACGAGUAAAAGUAUGGAAGCGUUGGCAAGAACACUUAUGGAAAAUGAUAGACUGGAAACGUUGAAUAUUGGCAGCAAUAAUUUGUCAGUGGAUGGAAUCACUGCACUAAAACCAGCGUUACUGGCAAACACGUCUUUACAAAGAUUAGGCUUGCAAGCAACGGGACUCGACUGCCAGUGCGCUAUUGUUCUGGCAGAGUGUAUUGGUGAUAAUAAGAUACUUGUUCGUGUCGAUUUGCGUGAUAAUGCUCAGAUAGGAUCUGCCGGUUUGUUGGCCUUACAUCGUGCGAUGAAGAUGAAUACAUCUAUAACUUUACUCGACCUUGAUUAUACUUACUACAACGAAGAAUUCUGCAAAUAUUUCAAUGAAAUGAAAGAAUUCUGUGAGAGAAAUAAGAAAAUUGCGUUAGAAAAGCUGACAGUACAGUCAGAAACGUCGAAGGACGUUGAUGGAGCUAUUGAAGAAGGCGAAGGUGACGGUGAAUCUGGAGAUGAGGAGAGUGAAAAGCAGUUGACGAAAACGAAGACUUCAGAGGAUGAGGUGGAGAAGUCAGAUAAGGCAGUUAAUGAAGAACCUACAGUUCCCAAUCGGAAAAACUUUGAACUCGGUAGUAAGCGUCGAAGACGACCACGGUUCAAAAUGACUCGCUCUUCCUCAUUAACUUGUGCAGAGAUGGUUGAAGACUUGAACGUAGGUUUCUUUUUUUGCUUUCUACAAAAUGAAGAGGGAUUGUCUAAUUGUUCUAAGAUACUCUUUGUUGUUGCUUUUGUUUUUGUUGAAUACUACACUGCAGAAAUAUAUUCGUUUUUAUGUAGGUAA